AUGUUCAUAUCUCUCCUCAUGGCUCUCUUCUUACCAGACCUUUGGGUGGUUUUCGACCGUCCAAACAACAACGACCUCGACAUAUUGCUGACUCUGGUUGGUGUCGCUUUCAUCUUCGAGCUGCUUGUACAGUCCAUCGGCAUGCCGAAGCUGGCCAGCAAGUGGCCGGCCAAAUGGCUAAAUGAGAGUGUAACAGAGAGGUUCCACCCAGCACUUGUUCCUGUGGAGGAGUUUCAACAGCACGGCUGGAGGCGGUUGCUCGCACUGGGUGGCGGGUAUAUUUUCAACAGGAAGACCUAUCCGAAUUCCUUCUUCUUCUGGAUGGACUUGAUCGGGGCGGCACUUUGGCUGGUCAUUGGCAUGGCAAGCCAGGGAUCGAACUUUCAGAAAGAAGCGGCUUUGGCAUCUCUGCUGCUAGACCUUUCCUACAUCACCGGUUCUGAUGAGCCUGUGACUGAGGACAGCGUGUCCAACAACGUAAUUAUCAUGCGAGCAGCCCGCAUCGCGAAGUUGGGUGCCCGGGCCGGGCGCUUCACGAAGUUGAUGAAGCUGCUGAGGUUUCUGCCGGGAAUGGGUUCGGUGGAUGACGGAGCCGGGACUGCCCUUCGGCAGAGCAUUGGCUUCUCGCAGAAGGGCGGGACUGGCUUGGCCCUGCACAGGUAUGGCUUCAGUCAGUUUGGCCACUGCGGCUCUCUAGGCGUGUGGAUGCACGGAACUCCUGAUUGGUCCCCUCAUUCCUUCAUGGACAUUCUGGAGGCGAGCUAUUCUCGCUCCACACAACACUUUCCCGGUCAGCUCCAGGAGCUUGUGAACUUCUUCAGUGACAAGUCCUACUUCCCAUGGCGCGUGCGCGCCAAGAGCGACCUAACGCACCCAGCAGAAGUCCUGCAGGUUCUGCCGUGGAUCGCCCAGACUGGGCCGCCAAAGCGGAUAAGCAACAGCGUGGUGUUCGGUUCCACACACAUCCUCGUGGAAUUUGACUUCUCGGAGCCAAAUCGGCUCGAUGCGUGGAUGAACGUGGUGCUGCUCCUGCUAGUCAUGGUGCUGAUGAUUGGCUUUUCGCUGGUGCUCUCGAAUUCUGUAUCCAGCAUCGUACUGAAGCCAUUGGAGCAGCUCCUGACUCAGGUGAGGCAGAUGGCAUCGACAAUCUUUCAGUCUGUCACGGACAUGGAGGUCGUCAUGAAAGAGCCGGCGAACGAGGCGAACUCCGAGCAGGACGACCUCCAUGAGACCAAAUUCGGCAACGAGACGCAACUCCUAGCGAAGGUCGUGCAGAAGCUUGCAGUGAUCAGCGAGAUCACCAUGAACAAGCCCAUGCUCGACGUGCAGCUGUUGCAGAAUCUCGCCGAGAACGACCGGGCCGUGAUCUCCGGCUUCCAGGGUGGCCUCCCUGCGCAGGACAAGCUUUUCGAUCGCGGCGAUGAGAUGGAGAAUGCCUUGGACAUGGAGUCCAUCGAGCUUGCGCAGCGUGCCAUGGUGGAGAAUGCAGGCCUGUCCAUGGAGCUGCUGGACUCCUGGAACCUCAAUCCGUUGGAGUUGGAUAAAGCUCGGAACCAUGUGGCGGCGAUGUACUUCUGCAGCUCGCACAACCAUGGCGUGGAGUUUGACUCUGUCAUUAUGGGCAAUUUUCUCAGUGAGGCCGAGUCCGGCUAUGUGAAGUCUGCUCCGUACCACAAUUGGUUCCAUGCAGUCGACUGCGCCCACGCCGUAUAUCGGCUACUGCAAAUGUGCAUUGCUGAGGUCUUUCUGACACGGGAAGAGAGGUAUGCUCUCCUGGCCAGUGCCGUUUGCCACGAUCUUGGUCACCCAGGACUGAACAAUGUUUUCCUCAUCGAAACGUCCCACGAGUUGGCCCUGCGCUACAACGAUAAAUCGCCUCUGGAGAACAUGCACUGCUCCAAGAUGUUCGAGCUUGUGAGUCAGGCCAGAUGCAACAUUUUCUCCACGCUGUCGAAGACCCAGUACUUCGACGUGCGCAAAGUGUGCAUUGAGUCCAUCUUGCACACCGACAAUGCGCAACACUUCACCAUGGUGAAAGACGUGCAGAUGCUUUACGAGGUGAACUCGGAGAUUUGGGAUGCUUCACGGCUCCUCUUCCUGCAGGAGGGCGGCGACUUCCUGGCGCAGGAGGCUGUUGACCUUCUCAGACUCGUCGAGUCGCGCAAGCUGAUGAUCAAUCUCCUGCUGCACUUCGCCGACAUCUCGAACUCCAUGAAGCCGUUCCGAAUCAGCAGGAUCUGGGCAUGGCAGGUGCUGGAGGAGUUCUUUCUGCAAGGCGACGCCGAAGCACGGCUCGGAGUGCCGGUCCAGGCCUUGAAUGAUCGGGCAACGGUGAACCGGCCUUUCUCGCAGGUCGGCUUCAUCGAAUUUCUGGUUUCGCCGCUCAUCUUCGCAGCGAUGCGCAUCCUGCCUCAGACGGAGCAUCUUGCAGUGCAGAUGCUGAUGAAUGCCAGGUCGUGGCAGAAGCAGUGGGAGAAUGAGGGAAAGAAUCCUCCCUCAGAUGCAGACAAGAAGGCACUGACCGAGCGCAUUGGAAAGACACUUGACAGUCAAGAUGGACAGUUCCGGCCACAGUGCUGUUCAUUGAAGAUGUUCCGGGCUAGCAUUGCCUACGUGUGGCCAGCAGAGGCACUUGACUUGAGCCUUUGGGGCUUUGCCCGCAACCACGGUAACCCUGCCGAUAAGGGGGAACAUGCCCAGUCCUCUAUUUCGCACAUGUCUGUAUUGCAAAUGUUGCGUGACAGGACUGUUGCCAUAGAGGGCGCAGGGAUGAGGCCUGCCACGGCCCUGUGCGGACCGCCUCGCGGAAGCCUGAAACCAGAAGUGGAGGAGGUGCUCCUUCUGAUUGAAACGGACUCCGAAUGUUUACGGUCUGCCCGCAUCGACCUGAACAAGUGGGCAGGGGGUGGCAACCCAGCAGUGGCUACUUGUGCAUAUCCAGCUGCCUUUGGCUUCAAAAUCUUUGCCCUCGCCGCUAGCCUGCAGGCCGUUUGCCAGUUUGGCUCAGAGUGCGAGCCCCUGGGCACCCUCGAGACAGUGCGCAGCAUCUGGGGAGACUUCCAGGUGAAAAUGCACGAAAUGUCACCCAGCAUGCGCUUGCCCCAGGAAGUGGCCAGCACUGUACGACGCUACGUCUUGGAGGAGUCCGAGCUCAUGACCAACCUUGUUCGCCGACUCUGGACCACGGAGGCACUUUCCAGGUGGGUACGUGCUCCCCUCGAAUUGGCAGGCCACAGAAGUGCUUGGGCAGCCAUGCUGACUCACAAAGCCCUGAUCACAGCUUCGCUGCUCCGGCUGGCGCAGCACAUUGGAGAACGACGGCGGGUGUUAUUUUGGCGAAGCAACAUGAUGCUGUCUGUGGUGGACUUUGGCUUGGGUAACUUGGCACAUAUCUUGGCACCACGAAGCGAUUUCCUUCUAACCCGUCACGGCGCUUUGGAAGAGCUUCUAGGCGGCCCACCUGCUGACGGACUCACACUUGUGGAGGUGGGUGUUCACUUGGCUCGUUUGGCGUUUUCCUUGCUGGGCCGUCUUCCGGGACUUCGAUACCUGGGUGUCGACCCUUUUGAAUAUGGGAGCGACACAUCAGUGGACUCUCGCGAGCGGCAGCUCCUGGACUUGGGCCUUGACCCCAAGGAGGGUGGUGCUGCAGAACUCAGUUCGGAGGUACGCAAAGCUGCGGAGUACAAACUAAACCUUUUCAUCGGCCGUGCCCAACUGCUGGCGAUGCCUUCAGUGGAAGCUGCAGCGACACUGCCGGACAGAUCGGUGGAUGGGGUGUUCAUCGAUGGCGACCACUCGUAUUUGCAGGUUCUGCGCGACAUUGAUGCGUGGGAACCCAAGGUGAAGCCGGGUGGAUUUCUGAGUGGCCACGACUUUGGGAACCAUCCGGAUGUGGCCAGGGCCGUGCUUGAACGUGCAGCGGAGUUCAAUCGGACAGUGCACCUCUCAAUGGAUUGGUUCUGGUACUACUACAUCUGA